AUGAGGGAGAUGUACGAGGGUGCUUAUAUGAGUAACUGGGGUCUUCGAAUGUCUAAUUCUUUGGUCAGAAUUUCGAUCGUUUUAUUCUUCCUGAUUUUUUGCUAUUUCUUAGCUCUAGUAAUCGGCUUAGAUUUCCAUCUUUUGGGGGAUCAAGUCCCUUUGGUUCGAUUAGUCCGAUUACUCUUCAUUCGACUUUUUGGUUGGGAGGUUCCCCUAAUUAUUCUUCUUUGUCUUCUUUCGGGCCUCGAUGAGUCUACCCUGAACAUGAUGGAUCCAGCAGGAGGUCAACCUGCUGCCAAUCCUGCAGCGGAGCAACCCUCUGACGGCGCAUCGACCUCGGGCUGGAGAAGUUUCGAAGAAGGUGUUUUGUUACAAUCUAUGCCAUCUUCAAACGAAUCCAGCGAAGCGAGCGUGAAUCAGCAGCCAGUGAUUCCCGAACUGGAGCCUCCGCUUCUCGAUGACAACAGCCGGCGGGAAGAGCUCGCUGCUCGAUUGAGGGCGAACUGGUGGGGCGUAGCUUAUAACGAGCGAAUCCUCGACUCCUUCGUCCAGAGUCAACUUUCAAUCGAAAGACACGUAGAGGCCGCACUUGUGGCGGACGGGUAUUCCCCUCAAGUUGUCUUUGAAAGAAGACAUACGAUUCGGGGAUUUCUUUUCUAUCCGGAGGGGCAUGCGCUGCAGGGGGGCACUUACGCGGGUUAUCUGAGCCAAAUUGCAAAUUUUGGUACAAGGCAAAGCGUUCCCUAUCAGCGAGUGAUCCGAUCCGUCCGAAACUCUCAUCUAUUUUUAGAUUAA